ACUCGGUGCCCGCUGUCGAGCUUGGUGACCCGAUGCCCGCGGUUCUGCUAGAUGGCUCGGUGCCCGCUGUCGGUGCCCGAUGACUCGGUGCCCGCUGUCAUGCCAGAUGACUUGGUGCCGCUGUCGAGCUUGGUAACCCGGUGCCCGCGGUUCUGCCAGAUGACUUGGUGCCCGCUGACGUGCCAGAUGACUUGGUGCCCGCUGUCGUGCCAGAUGACUUGGUGCCCGCUGUCGUGCCAGAUGACUCGGUGCCCGCUGUCGUGCCAGAUGACUCGGUGCCCGCUGUCGUGCCAAAUGACUCUGUGCCCGCUGUCGUGCCUCUGCCCGCUGCCCAGCCUGACGUGCCUCUGCCCGCUGCGCAGCCCGAUGUGCUUCUGUCUGUUGCGCAGCCGGAUGUGCCAGCCCCUGAUGUCCAGCUAAACUGGCCAAUAACUGAUUCCCAGCC